AUGGGCCCGAAUUUUUGCUCAAAGAGGACAACUUAUGGCCGGACGACGAAAAAGAACUCGUUUCCAAACUUGAGCAGUUAUGCUGUGCUACAACCAGAGAACACUCUCCGAGCCAUUAGAAAUACGUACCAGAGCAACGAUCGCUCUGUUCAGAAUGGCACAGAUGGAAAGUCCUCCAAACAGGGAUCUUCGCUACCAACUAUCCCUCUUCGAAUUCUCUACGAGGAUAAACAACUCCGCUCUACCACAGGAUGCGAAAGAACCGAUUUUCCUUCCGAGGAAAAGCAACAUCACGUCGCUCUACAUUCUACGUUCAUGAGAAGAACCAUCACUGUGGCACAGAGCAAACAUGUUGCUCUUCGUCAGUCUGUCUGGAUACCGAAAGGACGAUCAACAGUCAAACGUGUCAUCAACAACCGCUGUUACGUAUGCAAAAUGCUCAAAGCGAAACCCGUGAAUCCGCCUGCCUAUCCUUUCGAAAACUUCAGGACUGGAUGUUAUGGGACCAGUGAAAUACAGAUCUAUCGAAGGAGGAAUCAAUAA